GUUGCUCCUUUGUGGGGGAGUCCCUGGGCUUUUGCGCGAGGGCUGUCAAUCCCAGGACCUGUCUGCGGGGCCACGCUCCGCGCUCUCUAGUUCAGAGCAGCUGAGCUCGAAGCAGGCCUGAGUGUGUGGGGCGCGGGUGAUGGGGCGUGGGCGCAGCCUGGGGUGCGGGGCUCUUGGAGAGCUUGCCUGACCCCGACUUUAAGGGGGGGCGCAGGGGACUGCGCGUGCCUGAUUGUGCAGCCGGGAGUGCGGGUGCGACUCCCCGGGGCUCCCCUGCAGGCUGUCCCUGAGCCCCAGGAGCGGGACCCGCGCCUCUGGGCCUGGCCUGGAGCCCAGGAGGCUGCAGAGCUGCCCACGCCUCCGGGGAACGCUGCCGAGGGGCGCCAUGGAGACCCCUGCCCCGAAACCCCAGGAGACAGCUUUUCCUAAAGAAAAGGACAUGGCCAAGGCACAGGUGAUGCUGAGGACUUCGCUUUCUGUGCAGGACCCAGUGACAUUCCAGGACGUGACUGUAGAGUUCACCCGCGGAGAGUGGGAGCAUCUGGACACCUAUCAGAGGGCACUGUACCGAGAGGUCAUGCUGGAGAACUACAGGAGCCUGGCCUCCCUGGCAGGGUGCCAGGAUUUCAAGCCUGAUGUGAUCUCCCGGUUGGAGCAAGGUGGAUCGCCAUGGAUGGUGUGGAGGGACAUCCCUAGGGACCCCUCUCCAGACCAAGAGACAAGAUCUAGAAUUGCAAAGUCAAACCUGAAGCAAGUAAUUUCUGAAGAAUUUUCCCAGACUAUGAUAAUCAACAAAGGUAAAAGGAAUGGAGUCUGUUACCCCACCAGAGAAGUCCCAGAAUCUCUUAGCUGUUUAGAGAGCCAUCCGGGGCAGACGGCAUUUACCCAUACGGAAGUCCUGACUCAGGAGAACAUUCACGAAGAUAAUGGAUUUGAGUUUAGACAGCAAUCAAACUUCAUUACUCAAAGCACAAUUCCUUCAGGGGAAACAGUGUGUAAAGAUGACAGUUAUGGCAGGAGCUUUUUGCAUAACCUUGAUCUAAGUAAUCAUCAGAGAACUGACAUAAGUGAAAAGCCAUACAAGUGUGAUCAGUGUGGGAAAUACUUUAGCUGUGGCUUGGAUCUCACUCAACACCAGAGUACUCACAGUGGAGUUAACCCAUACCUUACUAGAGAUCAGAAAUUUGGUGCUAGAGAAAAGCCCUUCAAAUGCAGAAACUGCGGCAAAUCUUUUAGCAGGGGGACACACCUUAUACAACAUGAAAGAUGUCACACGGGGGAGCGACCAUAUGAGUGUAACGUAUGUGGGAAGUCGUUCAGCUGGGACUCAUCCCUUAUUCUACAUCAGAGAACUCACACUGGAGAAAAACGUUAUGAGUGUAGUGAAUGUGGGAAGGCCUUCAGCCAAAGUACGUGCCUCACACAGCAUCUGAGGAUUCAUACAGGCGAGAAACCUUAUGAAUGUCAUCAGUGUGGGAAGGCCUUUAGCCAAAGUUCACACCUAACUCUGCAUCAGAAAACUCAUACUGGAGAGAAACCCUAUGAAUGUAAUCAGUGUGGCAAAGCCUUUAUUCAGAGCAUUCAACUUACUCUGCAUCUGAGAACUCAUUCUGGAGAGAAACCUUAUGAAUGUACUGAAUGCGGUAAAACCUACAGUCAUAGCUCAUCCCUAAUGCAACACAAGAGGAUCCAUACUGGAGAAAAACCCUUUGAAUGUAAAGAAUGUGGAAAAGCCUUUACCCAGAGCAUUCAGCUUACUUUACAUCUGAGAACACAUACUGGAGAGAAACCCUAUGAAUGCACCGAAUGUGGCAAAGCCUAUAGUCAUAGGUCAUCCCUUAUUCAACAUAAGAGGAUCCAUACUGGAGAAAAACCCUUUGAAUGUAAUGCAUGUGGGAAAGCUUUCCGAUGGAACACACACCUUACUCAACACCAGAGAAUUCAUACUGGAGAGAAACCUUACAAAUGCAAAAAAUGUGACAAAUCUUUCAGCAGAAGUACACACCUUAAUCAACAUCAGAGAAUUCAUACUGAAGAGAAACCCUACAAGUGUAACGAGUGUGGGAAAACCUUUGGUCAGAGUGCAUAUCUGACUCAACACCAGAGGAUGCAUACCGGAGAAAAACCCUAUCAGUGCGAGGAAUGUGGAAAGGCCUUCACUGUAAAUGCAUACCUUGCUCAACAUCAAAGGAUUCAUAAGAGAAAGGAACCUUUAUUAGGUGCCAAUCACAAAGAAAUUCUGACUGGAAAGAAAUUCAACAAAUGUAUCUAAUGUGGGAAAUAUUGCAGCAUAAACAUGGGCAUUCCUCAACAUGAGUAAAUUAAUAAAAGAGAGAACUCCUAUAAAUAGAACUGUGGAAAACAGUUCACCUCUAGCAUGCCACGAAUGCUAGAAUACUAAUACGCUCAUCAGGUCCAUCAUAAAACUAAAAAGGUGGAAAAUGUGUUAAAUGUUUUAAUGUAAUACGACCUCUUACUAUAAGUUAAAGGAAAAAUACUGAGGAGAACCGUAUAAAUAACAUCUUUAAAACCACAGUCACACAUGAAAGUUAAACCUUUUUCUCUAUCAUGCUGAAUUUCUAGAACAGGUACAGUAGUAAUGUCUGUUGAAUCUCUAAAGGACAUUAUAUAUAAGGAGGCUCGCCCUUCAAAUCUGAUGUCUCACUGUACAUAUACAGACCUUUAAAUACUGUAGAUCAAGGGACAGCAAACUGUGGCCCAUGGGCCAAAUCCAGCCUGUACCUGUUGUUAUAAAUAAAAUUGUAUUGGAACAC